AAAUUGGGUUCUCUAAUUUAAGAUAUUUUCGAGAAAAAGUCUGAGAUCUGCAAGAAACGAACUGGCCAUUAUAUUGGCUAUGAACGGCCAGCUAUGGCUGUCAGCGGAGCAGGGAGCGGCCGAUUGAAUUGUCUUAUUGUUUUACCCAGUUGUUCUGAAGGUGUAUCUUCCCAGUCCUUCAUACAAUGUUUUACUUUGACUCAUUCGGCUUUUACUGUACAAUUGGCUACACCAGGAGGCAAAACGCCGGACUUCAUAAACCAGGAUGAGCAAAGUCGACGAUGGUUGAACGAUUUUCGAACAAAACCCUUUGCCGUACCCUUAGCUUUGGAAAUAAUAGACCCCCAUCGUUACUCAUGCCUACUAAUUCCCCAUGCUCCUGGAGCUGCUGUGGAUUUACAUAACAAUAAUGAUUUGGGCACUAUUUUGUUGCAGUUCAUUCAGGAUAAAAAAUUGGUUUGUGCAAUUGGAAUGGGAGUUGCUGGAUUGCUUUCUGCUAAAACACCGGGAGAGACUUGUUGGGGAUUCAAAGCAUACUCUUUGACAGGUUCCUCAGUGUUUGAAUUAGCCAGACGGUCGAAUUUUGCUGAUUUAGCAGUACUCCCUGAAGAUGCUAUUAGGGAUGCUGGGGGACAAUUCAGUGCUUCCGAACCCGAUGCUGUUCAUGUUGUAGUUGAUAGACACCUUGUAACUGGCCAGAAUGAAGCCUCAACGUUAACUGCAGUACAAAAUCUUGUCUUGUUGUCAAACCAAAGAACAUUAGAACAAUCAAGAAUACUAGUUUUGCUUGGACUGGAGAACUUGACUGCUCUGCUGCUAAGUGGUGAGGAGUCAAUAAUCACUUCGAGACGCAUAGCUGACGUAUAGUACUUACAGCAAGAAAUCGUGUGUUCUGGAAUAGUAGUGCAGUAUGACAGCGUUACCACGGAGGAUAAUCAAGGAAACGCAGCGAUUGAUGCAGGAACCGGUACCUGGAAUAAGUGCCGUACCCGAUGACAGCAAUGCACGUUACUUUCAUGUAAUCGUAACAGGACCGGAAGAUUCGCCUUUUGAGGGAGGAUUGUUUAAGCUGGAGCUUUUUCUACCUGAAGAUUAUCCUAUGUCAGCACCGAAAGUUCGGUUCAUCACUAAAAUUUAUCAUCCUAACAUUGACAGACUUGGCCGUAUAUGCUUGGACAUUCUGAAGGAUAAGUGGAGUCCAGCUCUUCAAAUCCGAACGGUGCUCCUUUCUAUUCAGGCUCUACUUAGUGCUCCUAAUCCAGAUGAUCCAUUGGCAAAUGAUGUGGCUGAACUAUGGAAAGUAAAUGAAGCUGAAGCAAUUCGGAAUGCAAAAGAGUGGACCCGAAGAUAUGCAAUGGACAAUUGAUGUGAGAGUUAUGAUGAUAAGUCUUAUCUAGGGCCCUGUAUGGGUUAACUUUUAUAUUGUCGUAUAUUCUGAGUAAGUCUGCUCAACAGUUAUUUUUAAAAUCAAUAAAAAAUUUGCUAUGCUACAAAUUUGCUGGUAGCGGUUACUGCUGUUAGCUUAGCCUUUUUUUCCUGUUGGGGGUAUUAAUCCAUACAGGGCUCUUGAUGCAUGAAGCAAGAAUGAAUUGUUCAGCAUAUCUUCAUCUCUAUAUGAUUUGUCAGUUGCAACUGUUGGAUUCACUUAAUACAUAAGUGAAUGCAUUUGCCAAAUUAGUAUUUUAUGGUGAUUUAUUGAAGAAAUGAGUUUUAAUGGUACACAGCACUGACAUUUGCAACUGAAAUCCUACUUCCAGAGAAUAUUAAAUAUUGUCCAGUGGCAAACUAAAAACAAUUUUAUCCUACUUUUCUUUGUCUUUAGGGGAGUUUAUUGGGUAAGCGUUGAUAAUUUAAUGUGAGAGUUUUUGAUUUCUUUAAGUCUUGUGCCAACUGAACGAUGUGCAAUUGUGUUGAUGCAAUCAUUUUAUCUUGUAGCUGCAUUGUUCCUUUUGGGUGAAGUGAAUUUAUUGUUCUGAGAUAUUCCUUUUUAUUAUAUUUUGGUUCAUCACUUUUUGAGUGAUCCAGCUGCUCAUUUAUCAUACUUAGCCAUCUUACCAGCUUUGCAGAAGGUGGCAUGGCCUGCAGCACUCGUUUAGUGGCAAAUAUUGCACAAGAAUGCAGAUUUGAUGAUGCUCAAUGUGUGCAUGUGUGUCUAGAUAUCUCAUGAUCACUCAGGCUCGAUUGUUUUCCUUGAUGAAUUACUGGAAAACAAUCAUUUUAGCCCUUAUGGUGUUGCACGUAUUAAGAACAUAAAGGGUAUGUUUAUUUUUCAGCCAUAAAUGUUCAUUUUCAUGUCCAUUAUUAUUAUUUUUAUUAUUUAUUAUCAAGAGUAAGAGACCUCUCUUGUUAUUGCAGCAGAAAUUGCAAGCAGUAAUGCUGUAUAAAUGAUAUUGUAAUAGGCUGGUUUAAUUGUUACACUUAUAUAUGAAAUGUGCCUCAUUCUUCAUUAUAUUGUAAAGCUCUUAAUUUGAAAUAAACUAGCCUCAGUAAGUUCAAUUUGUUUGAGUAUGUUGUAUUAAGUGGUAUGUUUGUGGAAAGUGUGAAGAGCAAAACUACAGCCAGUGAUAUAUAUUCAUAUAUCCUUCAUUCAUCCUCUUUCCACUUAUAAAGAUCACUGUUUAAUACAUAAUGAACAUGAAUGACUAAACUCAAUGUCAUAAGAUGUGGUGUAGAAUGAAUGUUUUAAUAAUUUUGCUGUUAAUUAAAAGUUCAAAAAUUGAUUGUCAAAUUAUUCUAGCAUUAAUUUUCAAUUAGGUUUUUAAUGUUUAGACAGUGAUCUUGAUGUAAUGUCAGAAUAAUGGUCGCAGUGUACAUAAGAACUUUAAUUAAUAAUGUGCAAUUUCUACCUUCUCGAUUCCACAUCACUAAAUAAAAAAAUUGUAAAGCUGGUUACUUGAUUCAUUGUUUAAAGUGUUUAUUGAAAUGAGACUUGUCAAACAUAUAUAAAGCAUACAACUUGAAAGAAUUCACCUAAUGCAGCCGAAAACCAUGUAAUAUAAAAUGUGUAGUAAAAUAAAAUGUAAUUGGUAAAUUCACAAUUAAUAAAAAUUUUAAAAUUGAUUCUCAUGAAUUACUAAAGGGCACUUUGUCAGGUGAACUUUUCUAUAUGCCUUUGUUCCAGUUAUUAUUGUUCCUGAGAGUUCUUAAAGU